ACUAAUAAGGUUGUUAGAUUUCCGUAAUCCCAACUUUUCUUAUCAUACAUUUUAUAGAUUCAGAAAAAACGUCUAAAAUAUAAUUACUAACUGUGCUUCAAAAUACCAACUGACUUAUUGAAGAAUCUUUUAACAGUUUCAGAAAAUAUGUAACCAUUGACUAUGAAAUUAUUUUAAGAGAACCUGUUCGACUGGGACAAUUGGGAGAAUUGGGGACUGUGUUCUAUCACGUGCGAGCAGGGCUGGACAACAAGACGUCGACGCUGCAUUGACGUCGUGACGUCAGAAGAACUACCGUCAUCACAAUGCAUCGGGCGCAACCUCGAGUACAAGUCGUGCGUUCUUCAAUCAUGCCCAAGAUGGCUCCAGUGGAGUGAAUGGGGCUCAUGUAGCACGGAAGAAACAUGCGGACGAGGCGUCAAACUGCGCCACCGGAAAUGUUCCAAUGGCGGCGUGCCCGGCGAAGACAGAUGGUGUCUCGGCUUUUCCAACCAGUCCGCACCCUGCGAGGGAAUCAACUGUAGAGGCAUGCUGGUGAUCACGGACAUCCGGAAGCACGGGGACGGACGAGUGGAGGUACAAAACGACCUGCACAACUCGAGAAUCGCCCUUUGUGCUGACCAGGGCUGGAACCAUUCCGAAAUAGACGUCGUCUGCAGACAGAUCGGGUUCCAAGGCGCUGCGGAAAACGCCACCUCGAACCAUUAUCCAAUGAGCCACUUUGUACCCGGCACGACCGUGUAUCGACUGAUGUGUUCUGGUUCAGAAAAGACCAUUCAGGCCUGUAGACGGGAACCAGUUGAGAACUGCUUGGCAUUAGCCGGGAUGAUGUGCAAAAUAAAGGGUGGAUGGAGCUUGUGGAGUGGAUGGAGUAAAUGCUCGGUCACGUGCGAGGAUGGGCAGAGAACGCGGACACGUGCGUGCAACCACCCGCCCCCCAACUACGGCGGCACGUCCUGUCCCGGAGACCAUGUUCAGUACACCCCCUGCACAGAACAGAUGUGCCCUAUGGAUGGCGUAUGGAACGCAUGGACCGCGUGGAACGAGUGCUCGCACACGUGUGGCUAUGGUAACCGCAACCGGUCAAGGACAUGUAGAGGUCCCUUCCACGAUGGCGCGGAAUGCCCUGGUUUGCCUGACGACGUGGAAACGUGUAACGCAUUUUCUUGUCCCGUCGAUGGGUCCUGGAAGCUGUGGGGAACUUGGGGAGAGUGUAGUACAACCUGCGGUGGAGGGUUGCGUAACAGAUCACGAGAGUGCGAUCAACCGAAACAUGGUGGUGAUUACUGCGCAGGCCCGUCUGAGCAGGCGGAAGUGUGUAACGACAUCGCGUGUCCAAUUGACGGCGUGUUCACCGACUGGAGCGAAUGGUACACAUGUGACGUCACAUGUGGCGGAGGAAUACAGUGGAGAAAUAGGUCCUGCAUUGGUCCUUUUAAUGGUGGUGUCAAUUGCAGCGGGGAUUAUGAUGAGAGACAAGACUGCAACACCCAAGAAUGCCCAGAGGACGGAAUCUGGUUGGCCUGGCAACCGUGGCAAGUCUGUAGUACCACGUGCGGAGAAGGCAAACGAUUGCGCAGUCGCACUUGUGACGGGCCUUAUUUUGGAGGGGACGAGUGCCCUGGGAAUUCGGACGACACGGAAAUAUGCGCAACUGAUCCAUGUUCAAUCCCCGGCCUGUGGCACGAGUGGUCAGUCUGGUCGCUAUGCACGGUCACGUGCGGUGGGGGAACGCGCCAUCGGAGCCGCACGUGCGAUGUGACGUCAUUUGGCAACCUGACCACACCAUGUGAAGGUCCUUCGUAUGAAGAAGACAACUGUCAUACAUAUCCCUGUUUGCCUUUGGCUAUCCACUGCGCCGACUGGGCAAGUCGCGGGUUGAACCAGAGCUGCAUAGCGGAUGUGGAUCCGGACGGCGAGCACACCUUAUUUGGGCCCGUGCAGGUCGAGUGUGACUUCAACACCAAACCCAGAGAGGCGAUCACAGUUUUACAUCACGACCAGGAGAAGCGAACGCAAGUGAAGGGCUACGAAGAAGCCGGGGAGUACCAGGUCACCCUCAACUACGUGACUGGAUGGAGAGAGGCCAUCAAAAUCGUCGACUCAUCCAAGGAGUGCGCCCAGUUCAUGCGCUGGGACUGCAAGGCAGCAAUCAUCCACAACCCCUCCGACCCAGAAACGCUGACCACCUUCUGGAUGAAUCGCACUGGGCAAAAGGCGAACUACUUCGGUGGGGGGUCUCCCGGCAGCGGGAACUGCGCGUGCGGGGAGACGAGGUCCUGUUUCAAUACGUCACUUCAUUGUAACUGUGAUGAGAACGACGAGGUGUGGCGACACGAUGAAGGUUUCGUAACGAACAAAGACGAGCUGCCUAUCCACACGUUUCAUGCUGGUGACACAGGUGGUUCCGCAGAAGAUGGUUUUCUUACAAUUGGACCCAUUCUGUGCACGGGACAUGCCUAGUUGACCGGGAAACCUGACCAUUAGCCCUGAGAGAUUUUCUUGUUCUUAGUUCACGUCUGCGUGUUCUUGCUCAUCCGCACCAAUUUUCUUAUAAAUGUGCUUCAUAAAAAAAGUAAAAUGACUCAGCACGUCCGCUUGUGUGUAUUGAGACUUUGUUUAUUUGAGUACAUUAUGCAUUUUGACAUUCGCAUUAAUUAUGUUUCAGAGAAAUAUUGUUAUUUUGUUUCCAAUAGGACAUUUUCAUGACCGUUCCAUAUCUUUGGAACUCAAGAAUCAAUUUUACAAUUUCAAUGAUAGUUAAAGCAGCGUUCCUUAAAAGGGGAAAUGCGUAUUAGUGUAUAGUCAAGUCGUUCAGGACCUUGGCUCCUUCAGAGAGUUAUAGCUCUGUGAUAACUAUGAUUUUGAUUUACGAAUGUUCCUCCAAAUCUUAAAAUAAACCCAUUCAUCGACAAAGCGCACGAAACACCCAUCAUGUUACUGAUUACGUGAUGUCAUUUAGUUUCAAUUAUGUUCUCGUUCGUUUGCAAAUGUUUUAAUAAGAUUGUGUCAUUUGACUUUCAUCGUACUGUGUUAUUUUUUAGUAAAAUUGGUUCUUGAACGAUAAUGCGUUCUUGUAAAAUGUAUAAAGACAAAAAGCAGUCACGCGGGCGGAACGACAAGUGCUGAGUUAAAGAAGCUUAUGUUAUAAAACAAAUUGCGAUUAAGUUCCCUUUGAAGUCAUGCUAUCCGAUUUGCAACGCAAUCUCAUUGUCCGUUUUAAUAGUGAUUUUCAUAUGCAUGCUUUUAUGCAAAAACGUCUUUUAGUCAUUUAUUUAAUCUCUUUUCUUUUCAACAUGCGGAAGUGUUCGUGCUGUUUUCACGUUCAUUUUAACUACAUCGACUUUAAACGACCGCUUUCUCGAAAAAGUAAAAGAAUACAACAUUUAUAUUACAUUAGUUAUUUUUAUAAUAUUUGAAUUAUUCACCUAACAUUUGCAUGUGUUUUGAAUAACAUGUUUUGAUAAAAAAAAAUAUACGUGGCUAAUUAUUGUGUGGAUUAUGUGCUUAUUAUAAAUGAAAAUUGUACUACCUUGACCUUAAA